AAGCUUCCUUCUCAAAACCAUAGGACCUAACACUGAGAACUUCCGCUAAACAAUGUCACCCCUAAUCUCCCUAGGCAAAAUUUUGCACCUGGAGUAGGAGAAUUUCAAGUCUUACAGGGGUCAGGAGAUCAUUGGUCCAUUUUCCGACUUCACUGCCGUUAUUGGUCCUAAAGGUGCCGGCAAGUUGAACCUUAUGGACGCGAUUAGCUUCAUGCUUGGGGUCCGAACGGCAGCUCAGAGGCGCCCAACUUUAGGACCUUAUCUACGCCUAUGACGAUUCAGAGAAAGAGCAGCGUGGUCACCGUGCAUUCGGGCGCCUCGUCUACUGGUGCUAGUGAGUUCCGCAUUGAUGGGAGGGUGGUAAACUGGGACGAGUACAAUGGGAAGUUGAGGUCUCUUGGUAUUCUUGUUAAGGCCCGAAACUUUCUUGUGUUUCAGGGUGAUGUUGAGUCCAUUGCAUCUAAAAAUCCCAAAGAAUUUACUGCACUGCUUGAGCAGAUUUCUGGCUCCGAAGAGCUGAAGAGAGAAUAUGAUGAUCUGGAAGAGAAAAAAGCAGUUGCUGAGGAGAAAUCAGCACUUGUGUACCAGAAGAAAAGGACUAUAGUGAUGGAGAGAAAGCAGAAGAAAUAACAGAAGGAGGAAGCAGAGAAACAUCUUCGCUUGCAAAAUGAUCUGAAAUCUUUGAAGAAAGAUUACUUUUUGUGGCAAUUGUUUAAUAUGGAGAAGGAUAUUUCAAAGAUGAACGAUGAUCUUGAAGGUGAAAAGAAAAACUGCGAAGAUAUCAUGCAUGAAAUUCAGCAGUUUGCAGAUGAAAUUAAUGAAAAGAUUAAGAAGCAGAUCAAGUACCCAAAAGAGAUUGCUCAACAUGAAAGAAAGAUUGCUGAUAGAGGCACUAGACUAGACAAAAAGUGAGAGUUUUGUUCUUCAUCUGUUAUUUACAACCUGAGCUUCUGAAAUUAAAUGAGGAAAUGUCUC